GUACCAAUUGGAGUGGCGGGAAUCGCAGGAAUCGGAGCCAUGACUCGGUCUGGAAAGAGUCUCGUUGGGGCUGCGAUUGGAGUCUAUGCAGUGGGUGUCGCCACUUCUAUUUAUCUUAGCUUGUCUGCCCUCAAAUAAUGAAUUGGUUCAUCUUAAAAGCGCGGAGCGCAUAGAUUCACCCGUCUUGAUUAACACACUGCUGGCGCCAGCCAUGAGGGGAACCAGAAGAGGAGGAAGACAAAAAAAUUCUCCCCAAAACGACGAAAAUUUGACUCUCAAACCCCUCAAUGAUCCACCACCUCCACAACAAGAAGAACAGGAUCUCGAGUCUUCAGCAACCUCUGAGGACCAAACUUCAGAACAAACUGCACAAAAAUCCCCAAAAAACCAGGCAAAUUUCAAGUGUGUAUCGCGCAACCGGCGUGACCGCGUGGCAAAACGCUGCUUUGUGAAGAAAUCCGAGCUGAAAACUUCACAACCUGAACUGGAUUCGCAGAAUUCGUCGAUUAACGAAGUUGAUUCUUUGAAUAUUGGCGGGGAAGUGGAAGAAGAUAAAGAAGAAAAGAGAAGCAACGAAGCGGAUGGAUUGCCGAAGAAUGAAGUUGAUGUCGUGGAAAGCCUAUUGAAUGAGCUGAGUUUAAGUGUCGAAGAGCCAGAGUUGGAUGACGAGCAGCUGAGGAUCAAUGACCAGAUGCAGGAGGACGAGUUGCUUGCAAUGGAAUCUAUUUAUGGAGAAAACAUCAUCAUCCUUGACAGAAUAAGAGGCUUAAGAUCUUUCCAGAUUGAUAUACAUAUUGAAGCCCUUGAUGAACUAACUGUAACUGCAAAGCUAAAUUCGUCUGGUCCUCUUCACGCAAAAACUGAAAGUUCAGAUGACUUUGCCUACUCUUUUAAAGUCCAGUAUCUUCCUCCCAUUGUUUUAACGUGUUUAUUACCUAAAUCAUACCCAAGCCAACACCCUCCAUGCUUCACCAUUUCUGUUCAGUGGUUGGACUGUGCUAAGAUUUCCAAUCUUUGCUCCAGGCUGGACUCAAUAUGGAAGGAUCAAGCUGGACAAGAAAUUGUAUAUCAAUGGACAGACUGGCUACAAAACUCCUCUCUUUCAUAUGUUGGGUUUGGUAAGGAAAUUUUGCUUGGUUCUUAUGGUGUCAGACAUACUGGAGACAGGCGGGCAAUUUCAAGGGGUGUAUCACCUGAUGUUGAUGUUCCUUCAAUUAGGAGUUACAAUGAUGAGAGAUGCCAUGAGAGCUUUCUCAAAAACUUUCAUGAGUGCUGCAUCUGUUUCAGCGAGUAUGCAGGUACUGACUUUGUCAGACUGCCGUGUAAGCAUUUCUUUUGCUGGAAAUGCAUGAAGAUUUAUUCUGACAUACAUGUCUCUGAAGGCACUGUUAGCAAGCUCCAAUGUCCUGAUACAAAAUGUGGAGGUAUGGUUCCUCCCAGUUUGUUGAAGCGAUUGCUUGGCGAUGAGGAAUAUGAGCGCUGGGAAUCCUUAAUGUUACAAAAGACACUUGACUCAAUGUCUGAUGUUGCAUAUUGUCCAAGAUGUGAAACACCUUGCAUUGAAGAUGAAGAACAUGCACAAUGCUCCAAGUGUUUCUAUAGCUUUUGCACACUCUGCAGGGAACGACGCCAUGUAGGCGUUACUUGUAUGACACCUGAAUUGAAGCUUCAAAUCUUGCAGGAGCGCCAAAAUUCAUCUCAACUAAAGGAAUUACAAAAACAAAGGGAGCGGGAAAUGAUCAAUGAUAUUCUUAGUAUUGAGGCAAUACGUCGUGAUGCUAAGCAAUGCCCAUCUUGUAAGAUGGCGAUCUCAAGAACUGAAGGCUGUAAUAAGAUGGUAUGUCAAAACUGUGGGCAGUACUUUUGCUAUCGCUGUAACAAAGCAAUUGAUGGAUAUGAUCAUUUCAGGGAUGGGACAUGCGACCUCUUCCCACAGGAGGUGAUUAAUAACUGGGAGGAGCAGAUGAAUGUCCGACAGGUUGUGGCUCAGUUUCAAGCUGAAAUGUUUGCUGAUCGUGGUCACUUAUGCCCCAAUUGUGCUCAAUACAAUGCAAAGGUUGGCAAUAACAAUCAUAUCUUCUGCUGGGCGUGCCAAAUGCACUACUGUUACUUGUGCAGAAAGAUUGUGAAGCGCAGCUCUCAACAUUACAGACCUAAAGGUUGCAAGCAGCACACUGCAGACUAGUUGUGAAUGGGUGAAUCAAACAUUUGGUAGUAACUGUAAGCAGCGUUUGGUUUUGGUACAUCUUGAUGAAAACAAAGUUUGAUAGAGGUUCUCAGAGAAGCUAUACAAGUUGAAAGGUUCCUGAUGCUUUAUUUUCAUUGUGAAAGGCAGUUAGUUGUUCUUCGAUGCCAGUUCAUUUCAUCUGCUAAAUAUCUCUCUAGGUGAUGGCUUCUCUGAUUUUACAGAGUACUGGUUUUGGUGCCUUGAGCUCACUUUUUAAGCGACGUGUGUUUUCUCCAUUGCGGCGACAUUUCUUCCUUGGGUGCUGGCUAGUAUUAGAGUUAAAUGUAAGUAUACAUGUUGCCCUUUUUUAACAGAUUUCUUUUUUUUAUUGUUUGCUCGGCAAAAAGAAAAAAAAGGGGAAAGAAAAACAAGGAAAUGUCUGAAGCAUUACACUGAUUCAUAGAUGGAUUUUGCUUCCAAAUAAAACCUGCUCAAGUGUGUUCUACUCAUUGAAUAAACAGGUUUGGUCAUGGUUUUGUCAGAGUGAAUAAUACUAAUCUUUUUCCCUUUUUAAGUUGUUUUAGUACAAAAUGAACUGUUCAUGUUGUUUCUCAUGUAAAAAACCCCUUUAAUUGUAAUAAACUCUUUAGACAAUUGAAACUUCCUAAGAUUAUGAAAA